GGAUUGCUAUCCAUUCGCUCUGCGCUUGACAGCUCUUCCUGGCAGUGGGCGGCCAUCUUGCCUGAAGCCUGAGAGAGGGAGAAGAGAGACACAAGAAAAGGGUGACACUGGUCUCAGGGCCGCCCCGGGGGCCUCAAGAGCCGGAGGCAGCCCCGGAGGCUCCCGCGGGCGGACAGGCCGGAAGAGGAGGCCGGGGAAUGGCCGCGGUGUGGCAGCAGGUCUUAGCAGUAGACGCGAGGUACAACGCGUACCGCACACCAACGUUUCCACAGUUUCGGACACAGUAUAUCCGUCGGCGCAGCCAGCUACUGCGGGAGAAUGCCAAGGCUGGGCACCCCCCGGCACUGCGUCGGCAGUACCUGAGGCUGCGUGGGCAGCUGCUGGGCCAGCGAUACGGGCCCCUCUCCGAGCCAGGCAGUGCUCGUGCCUAUAGCAACAGCAUCGUGCGCAGCAGCCGAACUACCCUUGACCGCAUGGAGGACUUUGAGGAUGAUCCUCGGGCCCUGGGGGCUCGUGGGCACCGCCGUUCCGUCAGCCGAGGCUCCUACCAGCUGCAGGCACAGAUGAACCGUGCUGUCUAUGAGGACAGGCCCCCUGGCAGCGUGGUACCCACAUCAGCAGCAGAAGCAAGUCGAGCCAUGGCUGGGGACACAUCACUGAGUGAGAACUAUGCGUUUGCGGGCAUGUACCAUGUCUUCGACCAGCACGUGGAUGAGGCAGUGCCAAGAGUGCGCUUCGCCAAUGACGACCGGCACCGCCUGGCCUGCUGUUCCCUCGACGGCAGCAUCUCACUGUGCCAGCUGGUGCCUGCCCCGCCCACUGUGCUCCGUGUACUGCGGGGCCACACCCGCGGCGUCUCCGACUUUGCCUGGUCCCUCUCCAACGACAUCCUUGUGUCCACCUCACUCGAUGCUACCAUGCGCAUCUGGGCCUCUGAAGACGGCCGCUGCAUCCGGGAGAUUCCUGACCCCGAUGGCGCCGAAUUGCUCUGCUGCACCUUCCAGCCGGUCAACAACAACCUCACUGUGGUGGGGAAUGCCAAGCACAACGUGCACGUUAUGAACAUCUCCACGGGCAAGAAAGUGAAGGGUGGCUCCAGCAAGCUGACGGGCCGGGUUCUCGCUCUGUCCUUUGAUGCCCCUGGCCGGCUACUCUGGGCAGGAGAUGACCGCGGCAGUGUUUUCUCCUUCCUUUUUGACAUGGCCACAGGGAAACUGACCAAAGCCAAGCGUCUGGUGGUGCAUGAGGGUAGCCCUGUGACCAGCAUCUCUGCCCGCUCCUGGGUCAGCCGCGAGGCCCGGGACCCCUCACUACUCAUCAACGCUUGCCUCAACAAGCUGUUGCUCUAUAGGGUGGUGGACAACGAGGGGACCCUGCAGCUGAAGAGAAGCUUCCCCAUCGAGCAGGGCUCACACCCUGUUCGCAGCAUCUUCUGUCCCCUCAUGUCCUUCCGCCAGGGGGCCUGUGUGGUGACGGGCAGCGAGGACAUGUGUGUGCACUUCUUUGAUGUGGAGCGAGCAGCCAAGGCCGCCGUCAACAAGCUGCAGGGCCACAGCGCACCUGUCCUGGACGUCAGCUUCAACUGUGAUGAGAGCCUGCUGGCUUCCAGCGACGCCAGCGGCAUGGUCAUCGUCUGGAGGCGGGAGCAGAAGUAGGUGCCUUCCGGCCCUGCUGUGUCCACCUCCCCGUCCACUUCCUGCCUUGUGUUUGUAAAUAAAGUUUCUGUGGUUGUGUCGA